GAAGAUAUUUUGGUUAUGUAAUGAUGUUGGUCUCUAAAUGAAGCUUUAUCUUUUGGAGAAAAAAAAAGUCCGAUUAUGGCUGAAACAAAAGAAAAUGAGACCUCACUAUUUUCUCCUUACAAUACGGGCAAGUUUAACCUGUCUCACAGGAUGGUUCUUGCCCCAUUGACAAGAUGCAGAGCGUUGAAUGGAAUACCCACAGCUGCAAUGGUUGAGUAUUACAUUCAGAGGUCGACUGCUGGUGGACUUAUUAUCACUGAAGGCACUCUUAUCUCCCCUACUGCUAUUGGGUUUCCUAACGUGCCUGGAAUUUACUUAGAUGAGCAAGUGGAGGCAUGGAAGAAAAUAGUUGACGCAGUUCACGCCAAGGGAAGUUUCAUCUUCUGCCAAUUGUGGCAUGUUGGACGUGCAUCUCAUUAUGAUUAUCAACCUGAUGGAGCUGCACCAAUAUCAUCAACGGGUAAGGUCAUCUCAGACGAGUACCAAAUUCUGAUGCCAGAUGGGACCAGCACUACAUACUCCAAGCCACGACCCUUGGAAAUCUCUGAGAUACCUACGGUGGUGGAACAUUAUCGUCAGGCAGCCGUGAAUGCUAUCAGAGCAGGUUUUGAUGGAGUGGAGAUCCACGGGGCUUUUGGUUACAUUAUCGAUCAAUUCUUGAAGGAUGGGAUUAAUGAUCGAAUGGAUGAGUAUGGUGGUUCAAUUGAAAACCGUUGCAGAUUCAUGAUGCAGGUUGUUCAAGCAGUAGUUUCAGCAAUCGGAAUAGACAGAGUUGGUUUCAAAAUGUCACCAUCAACUUUUCACAAUGAUGCUAUAGAUUCUGAUCCACUCAAAUUAGGCCUGGGAAUAAUUGACAGGCUUAACAAACUACAAUCACAACUUGGCUCAAAACUAGCUUUUCUCCAACUCCAAACAGAAUACGGCAGCGAAAAUGAGCAGGUCCAAUUCUUGAGAACUUGGAGAAGGGCUUUUCAUGGAACUUUCAUGUGCACUGGAGGAUUUACCAGAGAACUAGGAAUGCAAGCUGUUGGUGAUGGUGAUGCGGACUUAGUAUCUUACGGUAGAUUGUUUCUGUCGAACCCUGAUUUAGUCUUGAGAUUUAAGCUUAAUGCACCUCUAAAUAAAUAUGAUAGGGAGACUUUCUACACAAGUGAUCCCGUUAUUGGGUACACAGAUUACCCUUUUCUGAGCCAGUUAACAGAUGGGAAGGAGGAGCCCUUUUCACACCCUUGAAUGAAAGCUAUCGGGAUUGAUUACAUAUAUAUACUUUGUAGCUGCACGCAUUUGAAACGACCAAACCCACAACUCUAUUAAUUAAUUCCCAUAAUUUCAAUUAUACUUUUUUCUCUUUCUUUUUAA